GCGCGCUGCAGCGGGAGGCUGAACAGCUGCUGCUGCUGCACGAGCCUCCGGUCACCGGCCUGAGAGACGAUCAUCGAUCGAUCAGCUGAUCGGUGGGUGAGCAGGACAGCGGGUUACCAUGACAACCGCAGUCUGGAUGUGACGCUUGGUGACGGAUCGUUUCAGACAGAGUGACAUCACCCAUCGAUAAUCACAGGUAUCGACAGCUCGUCGUCAUGUCGUCCUACUUUUGUCCUCGCUGUGGAGACCAGCAUCUCUUCUCGUCCAUACCUGAGCUCCGGUCGCACCUGGUCAGCCGACACACCUACGAGACGCUGCUGCUGCUCUCACAGGCUCGCGUCCGAAGCUCCAGACCCGGUGCUCUGCUGCCCCUCCCCGGCCCCACCGCAUCCCAGAACCAGAGCUCCUCUCUGGGCACGGAGCCCCUCGGCUUCCCCCUGCCUCUGGCCUGCCUGGACCUGGCACCGUCUUCGGCCUCCGUCCGGCUGCUCAGGGAGAUGUUCGGCUCCUGGGACCGCCGGCCUCCAAAGGACCCUUCCACCGCUCUGGCCCUGCCCGGGCCUCGGGACUCCUUUCCUGGGGAGCAGCUGGGCGAGGCGGGGGUCUCUCUGGGGCUGCCGGUGGGCAUCGGGCUGGAGGAGCGGCUGGGGCUGGGCCUCGACCGGAGGAUCGCCCGGACGUUCGCCGAGGUGGAGGAGAGGGUGAACCGCCGGGUGGGCCGGCUGAGGGCGGAGCUACAGAGGAGGGAGGCGGAGCUACAGCAGGAGAGGCGGGACGGGGAGCGUCUGAGGGGAGAGAAGCUGGAGGUGGAGGAGAAGGCGGCGUACCUGUCCAGACAGGUCUCAGCUGGCGUGGAGAUGAUGGAGCGACUGAAGAAAGAGCUGGAAGGAAAAGAAGAAGAGCUGAACGAACAGCACCGGGAGAUGGUCGACAUCGAGUGUUUUCUGAGAGAGACGGCAGAGAAGGAGGCUGAAGCCAAGUCCAGACUUCAGGUUUUCAUCGAGACGUUGUUGGAUCGAGCUGACCGAGCCGAGAGACAACUGCUGCUGCUGGGUUCUCAUCAGAACCACUUCAGAGACCGAUACGUGGACCCAUACCACCUGGCCCAGGUGUACCCGCCCAGCGCCGGACGAGGAGGUCGCAGUCUGGACAGCAGCACCGAUGACAUCAUCACCACCAAGACGCAGGGGACCAUGGGAAACCGGAGGAGCUACAGCGUCUCCGGGUCCUACCGGCUGGGGGACCACCUGGACUACAGCGGUCUGACCGGCAGGAUGAGGACCUUGUCUCUGGGCUCGGGGGGGUGGGACUGUGAGGGCGGGUCGGUCCACCUCCACCUGCCCCACUACGCUCCAUCCUGGACCAGACCAGAACCAGGAGGAAGGAUGGACCGGGUCUGGGCUGGGGAGGGAGGAUGGGGGAGGACGUGGAACAGAAGAAACCUUCGUCACCACAGCACCGAGGAGGAGGAUGAGGAGGAGGAGGAGGAGGAAGAGGAGGAGGAAGGUUUGUGGAGCAGCACUGAGAUGAGGAGGCUCAUCUUCGCCAGGACAAACACACCAGGUUCAGAUGCUCCCUCCUCCCUGCACUCCACCCCCUCCAAUCGCCGUGGCGACAGGCAGCUGGGGGCAGACACCCUGAGGUUGAGGGCGGGGCUGUUGUGUGUCUUCCCUUAUUUGGACGUGCGCUCGUUGCUGCGUGCGGCCGAGGUGUGCUCUGAUUGGCGGUUCGUCGCCAGACACCCGGCGGUUUGGACACGCCUCCGGCUGGAGAACGCCAAAGUGUCGACCGAGUUCCUGACCACUCUGUCUCAGUGGUGCACUCAGACCCAGUCUAUGAUCCUCAACAACCUGAAGCCUCGAAGCCGACGAGUCGACGAGACCCGAGACGAUUACCAUAGAAACACACGGGGCAGUAUGGAGUCGGGGGUGGAGGCUCUGCUGAGGUCAGCAGGGGGCAGUCUGCUCCACCUGUCCAUCUCUCAGUGUCCUCACAUCCUGACUGACAGGAUGCUGUGGUUGGCCAGCUGCUACUGCAGGAACCUGACUACGCUCACAUACAGGAGUUCUUCAGACCCUCUCAGUCAGGAGGUCCUCUGGGCCCUGGGUGCUGGCUGUAGGAGCAUCAGCAGCCUGCAGGUGGCGCCGGCUCACCCCUGCCAACAACCAACUCGGUUUGGGAACCGCUGCUUGCAGACGAUUGGUCGAUGUUGGCCACACCUCCGCUCGCUCAGUGUGGGCGGGGCCGGCUGUGGGACUCAGGGAUUGGUUACUGUUGUGCGUAGCUGCCCUCACCUGCAGCUGUUGGAGUUGGAGCAUAUUACCGACCUGGGCCUGCAGGCGGCGACAGAGCUGAGCAGAGCUGGACUGAAGGAGCUCCAGACCCUGAUCCUGACCCACACCCCGGUCAGCGGCCAGGCCCUGCUGCACCUCCACAGUGUGUGCGACAACAUCAGGUCCAUCGUGGUCGAGGUGUCGCCGUCGGAUUAUUUCGAAGAUCCCGACUCUCAGGAAGCUCAGCACCUGUUUGGAGAGAUCAUCAGUACGCUGCAGGUUCUUCAGAAGCGUCCUGGACUGAGCGACGUCCUGCAGGUCAUAGCUGAAGGAUUUUUCUGAAGUCUUCCAGAGGUCCAUCCUGGAGCCUCCGACUACGAUCCUGAAUCCUCCGACUGCGAUCCUGAAUCCUCCGACUACGAUCCUGACUCUUGAACCCUGAAGCACAAUCUCCCUUUUUCUACUUUAGUCUUUGUAGAAACAAAAAUCCUUCUCACAACCCCAGAAACUUCCCUUCUCACUCUAUUUUUACAAGAACUUAAACCUGAACAAUCCCAGAUCUCCUCUAAGAAACUUUAUUCACAGCUUUACCUUCACCUUCCUGAACCUCGAGCUCCCAAUGAGUCCAAGAGAAUCCCUGUCCUGAAGAAGCCAUAGUUCCUGUGGAGAAGAUAGAAGACCUUGAAGACUGAAUGAAUCCUUUAGUUUGAAUCAAUCCUUUAGUUUGAAUAAAACCUUCAGUUUGAAUCAGUCCUUUAGUUUUACCUUUAAAAAAGCACAACCCUCAAAUGCACAAAGACUUUUUGCACCAGAAAGAACUUCUGCACCAAAGACGUCAAACGGAGUCGAGAUGUUUUGAUGAAAAAUCUGUUUCUACGUCAAUAAAUCAUGUUUCUCAUCACGUCUGAAGCUUCCUGUUUGAUCUGGAUGACUUUAAAAUCUAUAAUAAAGGUUCGUUUUCUACAGUUUA